AUGGCUGAUGCUUCAGCAUUUCGAUUGUCCUUCGCGUUGGUUUUCUUCUUCCAAUUGGGGACUUUUUUGUUUAUCCUAUCAUCGAUCGCAGCCGCUGACGAUGUCUCGCGAGCUGCUCCCGCCGGUGAACCCAAGGCCUGCGGAAAUGACUUCCAAUUGGUUAAGGUCAAGAGGUGGAUAAAUGGCAUUGAGAAGGAGGCAAUAGGUGGGUUAACAGCUGAUUUUGGCUCUAUAUUGCCUGCUGAUGCUAAAAAAGGUCACAGAUUGCCAGCUCUAUUUUCAGAACCCUUAAAUGGCUGUUCCUCCUCUUCAUCUAGGCUGGUAGGUUCCAUUUCUUUAGUUGUACGUGGUGAUUGUGAAUUUACCACUAAAGCGAAAGUUGCGCAAGCAGCAGGAGCAGCAGGAAUGGUGAUGCUGAAUGAUGAUGAAGGUUUUGUGCAGAUGGGUUGUGGGAAUGAUACUAGUUUGAAUAUUACUAUUCCCGUGAUUACAAUUUCUAAGUCGGGAGGAGUGGAACUAAAGAAAUCCAUUGAUGGUGGAGAAAAAGUGGAACUUCUGUUGUACUCACCUGAACGACCAAUUUUAGAUUACUCGGUGAUAUUCUUGUGGAUGAUGUCUGUUGGAACAGUUGUUAUGGCUUCACUUUGGUCAGAGAUCACUGGAUCAGAGCAAAGUGAUGAGCGCUAUAAUGAAUUAUCACCCAAGGAAUCUGAUGCUGCAGCAGCCAGGCAAGAGGAAGAGAAGGAAAUCCUCCAUAUUAGCACGAAAAGUGCUGUAGUUUUUGUUAUAACGGCGUCAACUUUUCUGCUGCUUCUUUACUUCUUUAUGUCGUCAUGGUUUGUCUGGGUGUUGAUUGUGCUUUUCUGCAUUGGAGGCAUUGAGGGAAUGCAUAAUUGUAUUGUUUCACUGGUGACAAGUAAAUGCAAAAAUUGUGAACGGAAGACCUUGAAUUUGCCUCUUCUAGGGGAGGUUUCCAUUCUCUCUUUAGUUGUCUUGAUAGGAUGUCUGGCAUUUGCCAUAUUCUGGGCUGCUAAUCGAAAUGCAUCAUAUUCUUGGAUUGGGCAAGACAUCCUGGUUGCUCGAGGUGAUAAAAGUGGUGGAGAAUCAAUACCCAUGCUGCUGCGAGUACCUAGACUUGCAGAUCCUUAUUAUGGUUAUAACAUGAUAGGCUUUGGGGACAUUUUAUUCCCCGGUUUGCUAGUAGCCUUCUCUUUUAGAUUUGACAAAGCCAAGAAGAAGAAGAUAUUCAAUGGAUACUUCCUCUGGUUGGUAAUUGGCUAUGGAGCUGGCUUGGCAUUUACCUACUUAGGGUUGUAUUUGAUGGACGGGCAUGGUCAACCUGCUCUGCUCUACCUAGUGCCGUGUACACUUGGAACCUGUGUUGUGUUGGGUAUGAUAAGAGGGGAGCUGAAACAACUAUGGACCUUUGGCAGUAAUUCAACUGAACCCAGUGCCUCUGGAGAAGCUUGA